AUGACGCGGAGGAACAAAAAAGCAAUAGAUUAUUCACAAUUUGGAGAUGCCGAUGAUGAUGAUGAUGAAGACUUUGCAAGUAUAGUUGCACCAUCAAACAAAAAGUCAAAGAGGGUGCGCUCUGAGACAAAAAAGGAGAAAAAGGAACCACAAAAUAAGCUCCCCAAAGGAGAGGUUCAGUCACAGAAAAGAGCACCAAACAAAAGGGUUGCCUUGGAUGACAAACUUUAUCAGAGGGACUUAGAAGUUGCCUUAGCGUUGUCAGUGGAUGAACCAGGUUUAGGCACCUGCAAAGUAAAAGAUUCAAAGGAACAAGUCCUGCAUGAAAGCACAGAUCAAUGUGAUGGAACCGUAAAGGAUCCCAGACAAAGGACAGUAGAAUCUCAGCAGGAGGUAAUGACUGAGAGCCAAGGUAGUGGAAGUUCUGCUCACAGUUAUGAGCCAGAGACUGUUUCAACUGAAGAAUCAGAAGCUAAUUCCAGCUUCAGUGAAGGCAAUCACGAGGAAUUUCUUGUGAAGAAGGCAGCUAAGGAAAAUGGGAAGGGAGGAAGGACAUUAAGUGCUAAAAGCAAAAAAGCAAAGACAACAUCCAGAUUGAAAGCAAGCUCUGUAGUUCAAGCAAAACCUCAACCAACUUUGAAGAGAGCUUCAGAUUCUUCAGAACAAACGGGAAAGCCUUUAAAAACAUCAAGCCCCAUAGAACCAAAGAGGCCCAGCUGGACGCCACCAGCUGCAUCCAGAAGCAGUAGUAACCCACUGGGAGGAGUACUUGUGAAAUCACCCACUCAGAGUCUCAGACUUGGCCUUUCCAGAUUUGCAAGAGUGAAGCCCCUGCACCCCAGCGUUGCCGAUGUCUGAAUGAUCCUGUGAUGAUUUUAGAGGUUGC